UUGUGUGUGGAGCGAGAGUGAGGCAGGCAGCCACGUGAGACCGAGUCUCACUCACCCUGCGAGAGGGAAGGAAUAACUUAAAUUCAGUGGCCGGCCAGACACGCGAUGUGAAACAACUACACAACUAACUGACUGACUGUCCGUUCACGAUCGAGAAAAGCCGUAACCUUCGCUGACUGCUGAUUUCAGUUGGAGCAGAAAUAAUGCAGUUUCCUCCGUACCUGUGGUUAAUACCCCUCCUGCUGCUCAGGGUUGGAGCCGACCCUGCGCACGAUGCUCUGCUGUGCGAGCCCAGGUCGGUCAUGCCGUACUUGCUCGUCCAAGGGCAGGCGGUCAUCACAGCAUUUGUUGAUGGGCACACCGGCGAAAACUGCAGCAUCCCGGUGGCCGUCGGCCUGGAACAAAUGGCCGCCAUCGCCUGGGCCGUCUCCGAAGCCAACGCACUCAGUCUCGUGCCAGGAAUCAAUAUAGGACUAGAAGUGUUUGACACCUGCAGCAACAGCAUCAUGACACACAAGGCAGCCCUGUCUGCUAUUUCAGAGACUGAUUGCGAUGGCCACUACUCACUAGGUGUUUUGUCCAGUUACCGAACAGCGCAAGUAAUCCAGCCGCUGCUCGCGGCGCUUGACAUUCAGUCUUUCGGCAAAUACCUGCCAGAGCAAAGAACCCUCGGGCCCACCGCAUUGGCGGCCAUUGAGACGCUAAAAGCCUUAAAUGUCACGCAGACAGCCGUCGUCGCGCACUCAUCGGCGGCUUUGAGGACCUUCACCUCCCUCGCAAAUAAGAUGGAUAUUUGCGUUACUUGGCAGCAAGUCAUGCAUGUGGACGACGAGACGCACCACUUUGAUUCCGGCUCGCCGCCGACGAGCGGAAGUGCAGUGGUCCUGGGCAGCUGGGCGUCCAUCAAGGAGCACCUGGAGGGCCUGCAGGGCAGCGCCAACUUCAGCAGCCUGUCGUGGGUGGCUGCGGCCGUGGACCUGCCGUGGGAGGCGAUCUCCGAGGAGGCGAGCUACGAGGGUCUGCCGCCGAGCAUGCUGCUGAUAGCGGCGUCGACGGACGCGGCGCUGCAGCUCGACUCGCUGGUGAGCCAGGAGUCGCUGGAGGCGCUGGGCCACGGCGCGCUGGCCUCCGAGACGCACCUGGCCGAGCUGCGGAGGGCGUCGAGCGUGGUGCUGGAGGCGGCCAGCCGCCUCCGCGAGGCCCUGCUGCUCGACUGCGGCCAGUUCAGCAUUUGCGCGGAGCUGAAGCCGCUGGUCAAGCACAACUUCAGCGACGACGCGGCCCUGGCGCCGACGGCCCUCGAGCCGCCGGCCGCCGCCCCCACCGGACACCUCGAGCCGCAGUUCAAGGUCGGAAAGGUCGAGCAGGCGACCAACUGCGUCGAGGCCGUCGGCGACCUGCAGGCCGGCCAGCUCAAAGUGGACAACGCCACCGCCGAGUUGCUCUUCGACUGGGUCAGGGGAGGCUGCGAGAAGGACUGUGUCUGUCUUAACGAGGUUUACAGACCAACAGUGUGGUCCCUGAUCCGGUGGAACGGCGAGAUUUGGGUGGCCGUGGUGACGUCCGUGGCGGGCGUGGGGGUGGCCCUUUCGAUCGCCGUGGCCGUCUUCAUCAUCACAAGAAUUUGCAAAGGUGACGUGUUGGAGGGUAAUCCAACUUUCUCGUUCAUCCUGCUGUUAGGGGUGGUGUUCACGUACGUGGCGGUGCUGCCCUACUGCCUCUCCGGCCCCCGUCUGCUGUGCGUGCUCCGCGAACUCGGCACCUGUCUCGGCUACGCGCUUCUGCUCUCGGUGAUGCUCGCCAGGGCCAUCAUGCUCACCACUACUGACGAGCAGGGCUUCAUGAGCCACGUCAGCGGAUACCUGCAGGCCGCCCUUUGGUUCUUCAUAAUCACCGUCCAGGUGGCACUGACGGCUCAGUUCCUGCUGUUCAACAAGUCCGAGCUGAUGGCGAUGCCGUCCAGCGAGACGGACAGCCAGGUGGUGUGCCACACGCAUCGGGGCGCCUUUCUCGUCCUGCUCGGCUACGACUUCCUGCUGAUGCUGCUUCUGGUGCUGAUCAGCCCGCUGGUGGCCCGCUCCAAGCGUAACUACCGCGAAGGCUUCUUCUUCUGCCUGGCCAGCUGGAUGUGCGCCACCUGCUGGAUCUUCUGGGUCACCGGCUUCGUCAUCCUGGACGAGCCCUGGCGUCCCAUGGUCAUCGCCGGCGGGCAGGUCGCCUGCGCCACCGUCAUCCUCGGCGCCAUUUUCAUCCCCAGGACGUACCUGAUCGUGUCCUCCGUGACCAGGGCGCGCAUCGCGUCGGCCAUCCCUUGCGCGGCUGCUGCCUACUCCAGCUCCACAAACAUCCUAGACAUUCAGUACAGGUCCAGUCAGCAGGCGCUUUACGACUCGGUGCACAACAUUCACCACGGGCACCACGGAAUGCACGGAGAAGACGUGCCGGUGGCUCCGCCGUUGCCCAAGUCGCCUCACGCGAGCCCCUACGCGGCGGCGGGGGUGUCCAACCCCAACUACUACUCGGAACAGCCCAGGGGCUCGAACGCGUCCACCCUGAAGGCGGGCCGCUCGUACGCAUCGCCCGAGAACACCUACGCCAGAUACGACUCUCCCCCUUCACCCCUGAAAGUCACCAGAUUUUGAUGCCAUAAUUUCUUCCCUUAAACCGUUUCUAGUCACAAGUGCCAGCUGUCUUUUGUUUUUAUCGUUUUAUACUGUGUUCCUCUGAGACGAAAAAAUCUUUUAUUGCUUUGAUAUAACUUUAAGAAUGGCUUGAUGAACGUUUUUUUUUUGCUAGAAUAAUCAUUCUGAUAAUGUCAGAAUUAAUCUACGCCAAAUAGGCUAAUUUAUGUCCUUUUUUGGUGUGCAUCAAAAUUAACUGCAGGAUAACCUAACAUUAAAAUGGAUGGCAUGCAUGUAAUCAUUUACAAAAGAAGUGAGAGGAAGGAAUAAGAAAAGCUGUAAUUAUUAGGUUUGGGAUUGUAGAUGAUGAUUUUUGUGCCGAUUUAUACGGCGUUUGACUGUUUUGGAGAUUUGGUGGGUUGAAUUUCUUUAACAUCUCGUUUUUAGCUUCUGAAAGGAGGCAAGGAAUUCAAAUUUUAGUGAUUUUGACUUGUACUUUUCGAUUAUUUUAUAGGAAACACAAAAUUUACAGGAAAAACUCGUUGACAAACUGUGUACAGCUAGAAACCACCAAAAACGAUCAAAACAACGAGAAAAAUUUUUGAUUUGCAAUUUCCCUCGACCAAACAGAUUUCAAAAUUCAAAACUUUUUAAUAGAUUAAAAUUUUAGACUUUUUCUCGAAUAUUUCAGUCUUUUCAAACAAUAUAGACGGCGAUGUUGUCAUAACUAGGUGGAUUUUUGGUUUUGAAACAAGGUUGUAGUCGAUUUAAAGUGUUGAUAUGUUGCUCAAAAGUCUUGAAAAUGCGUGAUUCGUGCUAAUCUGGUGUUUAAUUGAAUCAGAGACACAAAAAAAUAGUCGAUCCCAACCCAAGAUGAAUUUACUUAGUUUAUUUCCGUGAUUUUGGUUCAGAAUUAAUAUUGAAAAAAAACUCAAUCGAUGCUCAUCGAUUUAAAAUAAUGUUGCCUUGACCGCAGCAAUUGGAGGAAUAAAGACCGUUAAAUUAAAACAAAAUAA